UGAAGCUACGGGUGCUCGCAGAAUUUUCCCCAUUCCGAAGGAAAAAAGGCGAUCCGCGGGAGAUCCGCUCGUGUAUGCUUUCACAAACACGCACAUACAGUACAGCCCCCGCCCCCCUCGACCGCCCAUACAUAUGGCAAGGAGAGACCGGAAAGAAGGGAUCGAAUGUACGUACAUCCUCCCCGGUGGAGCGGUGUGUGGGGCGAGUAGCAAGCAGCGCCAGCUCUAGCCAGAGUACAUUAGCUGAACGAAACUGCGGCUCAGAGCGACCGUAGCACGGAAAGAUCUCGCAUCGCAGCAGGCGACGGCAAUUGAAGUUAAUAUCCGAGUGAAUCGAAGCAAGCAACAGCAGACCCCCAAGCAUCAUGUUCACCGCACUACUGGACGCUGCGCGUAAUUCGCCCUUCAAGACGCCGUUCACGAAGGCACAGUGUGAUGCCGGUACCGUCGCCCCGGUCCGUGGCCGCUCCAUUGCGGCCGCCGCCACCGAUGAGGUCGAGUUCGGUUCGACCAAGUUCUUCCUGCUGUGCGGCCUCGGCGGUAUCAUUUCCUGCGGCUCCACCCACACCUUCGUCGUGCCGCUCGAUCUGGUCAAGUGCCGGCUGCAGGUCGACCAGGCCAAGUACAAGAACGUGUUCCACGGCUUCAAGCUCACGCUGGCCGAGGAUGGUUCCCGCGGUCUGGUGAAGGGUUGGGCCCCCACGUUCUUCGGCUACUCGGCACAGGGUGCCUUCAAGUUUGGUCUGUAUGAGGUGUUCAAGGUGCAGUACGCCAACAUGCUGGGCGAGGAGAAUGCCUACCUGUACCGUACCUGGCUGUAUCUGGGUGCAUCCGCCUCGGCCGAAUUCUUCGCCGACAUGGCUCUGUCGCCGUUCGAGGCGGCCAAGGUCAAGAUCCAGACCAUGCCCGGAUUCGCCAGCAAUAUGCGUGAAGCGAUGCCGAAGAUGAUGGGCGAGGAGGGCAUCAUGGCGUUCUACAAGGGUCUGGUUCCGCUGUGGUGCCGUCAGAUCCCAUACACCAUGAUGAAGUUCGCCUGCUUCGAGAAGACUGUUGAAUUGCUCUAUGCUUACGUCGUGCCGAAGCCACGCGACCAGUGCUCGAAGGGUGAGCAGCUGAUUGUGACGUUCGCUGCCGGUUACAUUGCCGGUGUGUUCUGCGCUAUCGUUUCCCAUCCGGCCGACGUGGUCGUGUCCAAGCUGAACCAGGCGAAGGGAUCGUCCGCGAUCGAUGUGGCCAAGCAGCUCGGCUUCAUGGGCAUGUGGAACGGUCUGAUGCCGCGUAUCAUCAUGAUCGGUACGCUGACCGCCCUGCAGUGGUUCAUCUACGACGGUGUGAAGGUUGCCCUAUCCAUCCCCCGCCCACCCCCGCCAGAGAUGCCGGAGUCGCUGAAAAAGAAGCUUGGAGUGCAGUAAACCCUCCCCACCACAUCGCCCUUUUCCCCUCUCUGUUGUCCUUACCUUAUCCUAAUUGUUAGCUUCCCAUCAACAUCAUCCUGUUCCGCAAACUCUCGUACUCGUACUUUAAUAUCGUCUAUUAGGGAUGGCUGUCUUCGUCAACACUCAACUUCAAACACGAAUGCUUCGAAUGCCAGUAAUUUUAAGAAACUCAACACACGAACUCUCCGCGGAUCGCUUGCCGCCAGCCACCACCGUUCGUUCGUCUGUCGCUAUGCGAAAGUCAUUCGAUUUGCAAUAACAGUUGUUGCAGCUGCAAUAGCACAGUAAUAUUCAGUAUUGCAUCGUGUGCAAAUUGAAGUUUAAUAAAACAAAAAACAAAAACAA